AAAAAAUAACUACUCCAAAUGAGUACUCUUCCAUGAAAGAGAAUACAGAAGAGAAUACAGAAGAAAUUGAUGCUAAAGCUUUGGCAUAUGCCCAAAAGCAUGAAGGCAAGUGCUUAGCAAAAGUUAGUUCUAACACAUAUUUAUGGGCAUAUAAGAAAAAACAUCAAUGGGAAGCGUCAUAUAAAAAUAUGAAACAGAAUUACCAAUGGUAUAAUAUUUGUCCUAAUGUACCAGAAAGAACAUGCCGGUAUAUAUUUGAGGAUUUAUUACAUAAAAAAUUUCCUCUUCGAAAACCUAAAUUCUUAAAAGGAUUACAUCUAGAUAGGUAUAAUGAGGAGCUAGGCUUGGCCUUCGAAUAUAGUGGUAAUCAGCAUUAUCAAAUCAUGCCUUUUUUUCACCCACAAGGGCAGAUGAAUCUAGAUGCACAAAUUUGUCAUAAUUGGAAAAAGAGGGUGUUAUGCUACAAGGAAGGAGUGAUUCUCAUUACUAUACUCUACUGCGUAGUAGACUUAGAAACAUUUAUAAAGAGCGCCUUAUAUGCAUUCGGUUAUCUCUCAAUAUCUAUCUAG